ACGGUGUAGCUGCCUUGGCGGAAGGAAGAGCCCCUCUCGCGCUCCGGAGGAUGCCGCUUAAGGUGGUGGUGGAGCUGCAGAUCCACGCGGUCUCUUGUCCCGGUGUGUACUUGACGGAGAAGAAUGAUGUUUAUCUGCAUGUUUGCAUCCUGGGCCAGUGCAAGGAAACCGAGAGCCUUCGACCCGUCUUCCCUCUCUGGUUCCAUGAGAAAAUGUGGUUUGAAAAGGUAUUUGAAAAAGCUACUGAUCCUGUUGCUGUUGUAGAAAUGCUAGAAAGAAAUGUAACAAAGUUCCGAUUAGUCGAAGUGGUACCUUCAGGGAAAGGCGAGCUGGCAUUUUAUGAAGAGAAUACUCGAGGUUUUCUGUUCCCAGUGCCUAAACUGACUCCUACAUACCCCGGUGUGGACAGAGAGUUACUAAUGAAAACCCGCCCUUUCUUCCCAGGCAUUGCACCAAAAUUAGAGUUUUCCACAAGGACAACUAUUACAGAGCUUCCACUUCUGUCCAGAAGAUGGUAUCGUGGCAGAAAUAAGAGCAGGUUGAGAAGGGCUCUCUCGGCAUCGCCCCGGAGGAGGAGCAUCUCACCGGCACGAUGUAGCAUUUCACCGGCACGAUGUAGGACAAUGAAGAAAAAGGGCUGUAGGCGAUUCUCAAGAUCAUCCCCGUCACGCUCUCCGUCGCCAACAAGACGUCUCCCGGAGUUUUGCCCGGAAAGCCAGCAGCAGACACCUUCUCUGAGCUUGAGGUCUGUUAAGUUCAAGUCAGAAUCAGAAUCAGACCCCAGGCCGCCUUUUGUAGUUCGACAUGUAGAUUCUUCUAAAAUGUUUUCUACAGAUUCUUCUAAAAUGUUUUCUGAGCCACGGUCACCAUAUUGGAAUCCAAGUAAAAAUGGGAGCUCAUCAAGGAAUUCCCACAAACUUCAGUUGAAACGAGCGUUAUCGUACGAUAGCUGGAAGUCUGCAUGCCCGGCAGCAAAGGUAACCAGAGAGCUGGAUAUGCAAUACAGCUUGGAUCCUGGUUCAUCAUCACUUGAAACAAGGGAACCUAUUGAUUUUGAUCACUCUCUUUCUCUUUGCCACAAACCUUCAUCGGACUCCUCAAAGCGCUACCGAUCACCAAGCCCAUGUGCUCGAUGGGCAUCUCCUCAACACAGGAUAUAUUCCAGCCCCAAUUCAAGCUGGGAAGAGAUUAACGAGAGAGUGAAAAACCUCCUAACUUCAGACGACGCCAUACAAAGACUAUCCUUUGGAGCCACUGAUUCCGAAAUUGAUGAUGUCCUUGAAAGAAGGUCCAUCUCUUUGAGGAGUUCCCCACUGUGUGACUCAACGGAUCAAAGAUACUGGUCAUAACUGCUGUCAUCGGCAAGAAAGAAUGCAGCAGCCUUGGGAUAUUGACCUGAAGACCCAUUGCUGGCAAGAUUUUUGUUCUAGAGCUAACUGAAGAAUAGUUUAUUUUCUGUGUGAUGUUAUGUCUCAAUUGGUUUGAAAACAACACUCUGUAUUGUAGUGCUGAUUAAAGGUUUGAUUUAUACAUUUUCAAACAAGUGCAAGCCUAUCAGCUUAUUGUGGGUUGAUGUCAUGAUCCUAUUGAUGGUGCUAUAUACUUCUUUAAGAUUUGGCUGCUGAAAGUAUUUUCCAUGAAAAACCUACUUGGAAUUACGUUACCACUCAGGGCUGUGUCCUCAGUGUAAAGCUCACUUUUAGAAAUUUGGAAGCGAAUACCAUUUUGGAUUUAAUAAAGGCGUGGGAAAAGAGUUUGGUUUCGUGCUGGAAAGAUGCACAGCAAACUUUUGAAGAACCACUCUAGGAUUAAAUUCAAGUUCCACUGAGCAGCCCUCUCCUGGCUCCGCCCAGUUCUGCAGACUCCGCCCACCCAAAUUACAGGUAAGAGGAUGCGACUGCCAGGGGUAUUUCUGCUGGUGGUAGGCAGCAUAAAUCCCUUGCCAUUUAUAUUUGUGCAGCUGGUUCUUCCCGUCUAAGUGUAGAAUGUUACAUUUGCCCCUACUGAAAUCCAGGGCCUCAAGGAGGUUAGACUGGCCUUGAGCAGCCUGGUGGAAUGCCCUGCUGCAGGAGACCAGCUGUUCCGCAGGGCCUUUGGUCCAGUCUAACCCCUCUCCUCCUACAAGACCCUAUAUAUAAGAGGCCUCUCUAACUCCUCUCACCAGCUCAUAUAAAUAGCUGAGCCUGCUGAGUACCUAAAGUUCUCGACCCCUAUAGUCAUAAUUUGCGGGUUGCCUUCUGAUCUUAAAGGUAAAGGUAAAGGGACCCCUGACCAUUAGGUCCAGUCGUGACCGACUCUGGGGUUGCGCGCUCAUCUCGCAUUAUUGGCCGAGGGAGCCGGCGUAUAGCUUCCAGGUCAUGUGGCCAGCAUGACAAAGCCGCUUCUGGCGAACCAGAGCAGCACAUGGAAACGCCGUUUACCUUCCCGCUGUAGCGGUUCCUAUUUAUCUACUUGCAUUUUGACGUGCUUUCGAACUGCUAGGUUGGCAGGAG